UCGAGCAACGUGUCCCUGUCAUGGCAGCUACUCCAGGUGGCAGUUUCCUGAGCACUGUCUCCAGCUGAUCAUAGCGGGAAGAAGCAGUGCCUCGCCUUCCUAACCCGGACGGGGGAACAUGCGUUGACAGAUGUAUUUAAAGAGACCCGUAGCUGGUCUCUCCUUCUGUCUCUUCUAUUUGGCUUCUUAUUUCACCAACAAGUAUGUCCUGUCUGUCCUGAAAUUCACCUACCCUACCCUUUUUCAAGGGUGGCAGACAUUAGUUGGUGGAUUUUUGCUCCACAUCUCCUGGAAGCUGGGCUGGGUGGAGAUCAGUUACAGUUCAAGGUCUGAAGUACUGACAUGGCUCCCGGCUUCAGUAUUUUUUGUGGGCAUUAUCUAUGCAGGUUCCAGGGCAUUAUCUAGAUUGCCAAUUCCUGUGUUCCUUACUGUGCACAAUGCAGCAGAAGUUAUAACCUGUGGAUUCCAAAAGUUUGUGCAGAAAGAGCACACCUCUCUCCUAAAAAUCUGCAGUGUGCUGUUCCUCCUGAUCGCAGCAGGGUGCCUUCCUUUGUUUGACACAGAGUUUGAUCCAGAUGGCUAUCUCUGGGCUCUCAUUCACUUCAUCUGUGUUGGUGUCUACAAAGUAAUUCACAAGUUGUGGAAAACGAAUUCCUUAAGCGAUUUAGACCAACAAUAUAUAAACUAUGUAUUCAGGAUGGGAAUUAAUAUUGUGGCAGCCUUCACCUGCUUUGUGGUGCUUUUGGCCUCUGCUUCCCAUCCAGCAGGUGACCUCUUCAGUGCCUUGGACUUUCCAUUUCUCUACUUCUACCGAUUUCACAGUAGCUGCUGUGCCAGUGGACUGUUGGGAUUCUUUCUGAUGCUCCACACAGUGAAGCUAAAAAGCAUCACAUCAUCAUGGCAAUAUGCAGCCUGGAGUUUCCUUGCAAAGGUUACCACAGCUGGUUUAUCACCAUUCAUCUUUGGCAUGACAGCUAAUAUACCAAUGAUUUGUUGCAUCAGGGAUUUCAGCAGAGCUCCUGGAAUAAGCCUUCUGCUUGGUGGACUUGGAGAAGCCUUGCUUGUUUAUACAGAAAGGAUGGAUACAUAACUCAAAACAGUGAGGAUUCCAAACCCUCACCCACAAUUAGAAUAAACAGCUGACACCCAAAAAGCUCAAAAUGAAAAAAAAAGAAGCUACAGCAGCAAGAAUGGAAAAAAAAUGUGAUCAAACACCAGGUCCCUUCAGUCUACUUUUUUCUUCCAAGGGAACAACAUGCUAUUAAUAGCACUGGUGAAGGAGAAGCAUAGUUGGUCUGAUGAUUACGAGUGUUUGCCUCAAAAGUACAGGACGAGCUAUUUCUGACAGACGCUGUGAAGGAAAAAACUGUAUUGUGUCUGUAGACGGCUUAGUGUGAGAACCUUUUUCAGCAGCACCUUCUCACGCAAGGAACUGAACUUGUCUGCAGAAACAGGAAAAGUAAUGUUCUUCUUUAGAUGCCCCAGAGCUUUUGUUAGAAACAAAGAGUAGGUUACAAGAAACAAUGUGAAAAUCCAGGCACUGCCAUGAAUCAGAUAUCAGUGGGCAUGGAUUUUGUUUUAAGUUGUCCUGUAAAAGGCAAGUUUCCAUAUGUUAGUCUCUGGUCACGUUGUUUGGAUUGGCACCGUGUGUGAGAUCAUGGGGCAUCUAGAGAUAAUUCCUUGCUGACUGGGAAAUCAACAAAUAAAUCUUACUAUAUAUUGUACUGAC